AUGGAGGUCAGCAUGUAUCACCAGGUCCCGUCAUGGACCGACUUCGACUCCGAUGCUCGUAGCACAAUAGGCUCUGAGCGUACCGACAGCCUCUUCUCAAAGACUGCUGCCCAGAGAAGUGCGCAGUUUGCGACACCUUCUUACAAUAACAUCAUGUUCGAAGACGGGAAGCCAAGCAGCAAGACGUCGCUCGGUAAAGUAUACUAUAAGCUAGGAGACCUUCCAUAUCUGCUGUUGAUUGAUGUGGAUAUCACUGCGACGGAACCAGCAAGAGGCGAGGAUGGAGAACCAAUUCUCAAUGAGGAUGGUUUGCCAGUCUCCCAGCCUACAAUGGUGCGGAGUCGCAGGCUCCGGCAGCAAGCUUUGAGGGAGUACGUUGAGAUCGACUUUGACGGACUUAGUGUCAAGCAGAGUCAGAUUGCUUUCGAUCUUGAAGCGCGUUCCAACCAGCUCGAUGCUGUGCAAAAGGUCUGGCCAGGCAUAGGGGAGUGCCCGGAGCGUGCUAGAUUUGGUCGAACGAAUCGUCUUAUCAUCCCAGUGCGAGAAAAGCUCGACGUCAAAAAGGUCUUCAACAAGUUUGAUCAAAUCAAGAAUCUCACUAGAGUUAAGAAAGCAUAUUCAGAGGCGGAAAAGCGAGCAGAUCCUGAGAAUUCAGGCUGGACCAUCAGGUGUACCGUCGUGAGGCAGGGCCUAAUCGCUCAUCCUGAUAUCAAGAGCUCAGAAGAUGCGAUUUUCCCAGAGAGCGAACAUUUGAAGGAUGCGAAUGUCUCAAAUGCGAAUAAAGAAGAGAGAACUGUUGAAGAAAUGGCUAGUGACGACUAUCUAAGUGACGAGACGACGGAUAAGGCAUCCACCCAGGCUAAAGAAUCCUUGAAGGUUGAUGAAGCCAGGAGUGCCGCAGAAGCCGGGAGUGCCGCAGAAGCCAGGAGUGCCGCAGAAGCCAGGAGUGCCGCAGAAGCCAGGCAGGCAGCGAUCCCUCAAACCGCCAAAGAUGACGCAAGCGAUUUAUAUCGUCAUAGUGUACAGCUUCUCUUCCAACAUCACUGGGAUACCGCAUACCCUGAAGCGAGGCUUGGAAACACCAGUGAAUUUAGUUUCACAAACGCAGACUUGGUCGGUCAGGAGUUGAAAGAGAAGUCCGACAGACAUAUCCACCAAAACGCGCCGUGGGAGUACCGAAUUCGAUAUAGACCACGUUUUGAUAAGGACAUCCGCUUCUUUCUCGACUGUGACCUUGUUCCCAUCAUCCAAAAUGGUGUCUCCGUAGCUGAGUACGCCCGCUAUCACUUUCCUGCAAACCACCCAACGGCGCCAGCUAGCAUGAGUCAAACAUUGAAGAAACUCUUACAAGGCCUGCACGUUAAGUAUCCGUCAGAAGUCAAAUUGAAGGAGAACUACAAGCGCAUUGCUAAGGCAAACAAGUGGAAGUUGGUUGAGCAGGUGGACGAGGAGAACGAGAACAAAGAAUUGCAGAAUCGCACAUACACGAUCCGAGACGUCAAAGCCAACUCAUAUGUGGGUAUUGUCGUUCCCAUAACCAAGCUGCUUCCCGAGGGUGGCGAGGAGAAGACAUUCUUCAACGUCAAGAAGUUCCUGCGUGUGUGCGAAGCUCCUUUCGAGGACAGGUUCAAGCAUCUACCUUUAGCUGACAUCGGAAAGAAGCAACCCUGCUGGGUUCCUCUCGAUCUACUAGUGCUCAGUGGUGAUCAGGUUUUGGCCCAUUUGUAUUAUCUUACCGAUGAAAUACAGAGAUUGCGGAAAUCAGUGAAUCCACACGAACUGUCCGCGUCGGGAAAAAAGCUGUUGAACUUUCUUGUCAAGGAUCCUAAGAAAGACCCCAAGACAUACGUGUUCUUUCAUGAUAACAUAUGGCAGCCCAUGACUGCGCUUCCUUUCCUAGCCUCCAAGGAUGCAUUUUACGAACCACUGAAGUACACCGCUUUGGAACCGGCAUCGGAACCGAGAAGAGCAAUCAAGAGCGGCGCGCCUUCCCCUAAGGUAGCCGUGGUUUACAUUACACCUGAUGUUCACAGCCGCUCCUCAAAGUUGUUCGUUGCUGAUGUGCGGAACUCGUUGGCUCGCGAAGGCAACAAACCCACACAAGAACGGAUCUUGGACAUUGGUGUGGACCUUGACCAAAUCUCGGCCGGUGUGGUCAAGUCAGGUCCUGAACUUUUCCGAUUGCAAGAUCAAAAGCGUUUGGAAAAGCUUGGGGAUAUUAUUGACCCGACAGCGGAUGUUCUUAUAGGGAUUAUCGAUGGUUCCGGGAUGAAACAAGCUAAGUACUCCGAGACGGCUGCGGAGGUGAAGAGGCUAGGAGACCGCAAGCUUGGUGCUAUCACUAUCUGCCUCAAGAAGCAGGACUUGGAAAAGCAUUUCCAUCGCAUUAACGGCCCGCCCUUCUUCCCCUCAAACGUUCUACGCAAGAUUAGGUUCAUGUUUGGAGCGAUGAACUUUGAGACGAAGAAGCUUGAUACUUACAUCAAAGAAGAACAUGUGGAAGGUCUCAUCGUCAUUGGAGCUCACAUCUCACAGCCUGCAUCAGACUCAACAGAGUACUGUCCAGCUGUGGCUGCUCUGGUGAUGAGCAAGCCGAAGAACCCAUCAUUCUAUCGUUCCGCGGCCCGGCUGCAGCCUGCCACUAAGUUGCACACACAAGCCUACGACAACGAAAAUCUUCCGGCAGAUGCGUGCAAAUCUCCCAAAAUGAAGACAAUAUACCAGCCCGAGAUCUUGGAGCUAAAAGCAACACUGAGGUCUAUGUUCCGGGCUUGGAAGAAUGAUCGAGACGAGUCAUCGAAAGCGAACUGGUCAAAGGAGCCACGAGUCGUCUUCUAUCGGGAUUCAUACCACGAGAUCGACACUCUUUCACACGAACGGGAGGUAGCACAAAUUACCGAAGCAUAUCAGAAUGUCUUCGGCAACACAGAGGAUGCACCUGUAUCCUACGUUACGGUUAUGAGAAACAGCAGAAUCCAUUCACCGAUUCCAGAAGACAAGCAAGACAAGAACGACGUCUGCAAACCGCACUUUACUUUCACUACCACCCAAUUCGCGAUGGAUAUCUCUAGAAUUGGAACGGACCCCACGCGCAAAGAAGACGGAGCCAAAUACCAAUACCUUGUCCACUCGAAUGGGCGGGGAUCCAAGAUGACCCUUUCCAAACUCCGCGAUUUGACCGGACUACUCAACAUUAGCUCUCAAUUUUGCCAUUACACGUCGCUCGCGCUCCCCCUCCACUACGCCAGGAAACUUGCUCGUCGCGUUCUGUCGUACUACGACUACAUGUCUCACAAGGACAUCAGUAACUACCCGAGCCUAGCCAAAUUGACUCCGUAUGAUUCGGUGACUGGAAAAGAGCAGAUGGGCGAGGUCAAGCAGAAUCUCCAAGUCAUCGCAAAGAGGAGUAAGUCGUGGGAUUGGGUCCGAGACGCUAAGAAGGAAACGCACACCCGUCCUUGGAACAAGAAGCUCGACGACAAGAUGUUCUUCCUCUAA